GAAGGAGAGUGAGGAAGUGGUUGUGUCAAAGGCGUGUCUGCUGCUGAAGCUCAAACCAUGGGGGCCGGACCCGAGCUGGCCGUCAUAUGCUUCAAUCCAGGAAGUCGCCUCAAAGAAAAAUCUCAAGAUGUAGCUCUGAUUCAUUGACAAAACACACCUUCAUCGUAGCACUUUCGCCUGUCCACUGUGUGCGGAAACUGGAUAUUUUUCCAUAUCUCCUCCGUAGACUUGGCGGACAAGAUUAAAUCCAAUUCGUUAUCCACUGCAGAUCAGCCUCUAGAGUUGAUAUAGGAGGAUAUUGCGUUGUCUGCUUGACUGUUAAAAUUAUCUAUGUGGAAUAUAACAACCAGCAGAUAAGCCCUGGAACAAAACUGUAAUCAGAUGUUCUUAUCAGUCUGAGGAUCUAUCCCCAGUUCUCACCCUCUUCUGGCGCUCCCUGUUACUCUCUACAAUGAAUCCAAACAGCCUUCCUGGGCAUCUCCUCAUGCUGCUAAGUACUGUGCUGGGCCUGAGCGGAGGUUUGGAGUUUACUGGCUCUGAGGGUCAGUGGGCUCGCUACCUGCGCUGGGAUGCCAGCUCCAGAAGUGACCUGACGUUUCAAUUCAAGACCUCGGAAUCGGAAGGCCUGGUGCUCUACUUUGACGACGGCGGAUAUUGCGACUUCCUACUCCUCACCGUGUCCGAAGGUCAAAUGCAGCUCCGCAUCAGCAUCGACUGCGCCGAGACCACCAUCACCUCCGACAAAAUGGUCAACGACAGCCGCUGGCACUUUGCCGCCAUCAACAGGCACAACUUGCGGACUGGCUUGGCCGUGGACGGUCAGACCAAGACGCAGGAGGUUCGGCCCCAGCGGCAGUUCAUGAAGAUUGUCAGCGACCUCUUUCUCGGAGGCCUCCCGGGAGACAUCCGCACAUCUGCCAUCACCCUGCCCUCUGUCCACGAGCUGCCGCCAUUCAAAGGAAUUAUCACAGACCUCAGUUAUGGGAGUAAGCUGCCCACACUAAUCAAUAGUCAGAAGGUGCGCUUGGAGAUGAUGGGCCUUUGCACAGAGAACCCCUGUGAGAACGGUGGGAUCUGCUCACUGGCAGAUGGAGAAACCUACUGUGACUGCUCCAAAACUGGAUAUGUAGGUCGAUACUGCAGUGAAGCAGUCCAGAGAAAACCAGGCCUCGCACACCUGAAGGCAGAGCAAGCGAGGGAGGAGAACGUGGCCACAUUCCGAGGUUCGGAAUACUUCUGCUACGACCUGUCGCAGAACCCCAUUCAGAGCAGCAGCGACGAGAUCACGCUGUCCUUCAAGACGUGGCAACGCAACGGCCUCCUGCUCCACACGGGGAAAUCCGCAGACUAUGUCAACCUGGCGCUAAAAGAUGGGGCGGUUUCACUCGUCAUCAAUCUGGGUUCCGGGGCCUUCGAGGCCAUUGUUGAACCAGUCAAUGGAAAAUUCAAUGACAACGCCUGGCACGACAUCAAAGUGACACGCAACCUGAGACAGCAAUCAGGCAUUGGACACGCUAUGGUAAACAAACUACAUUGUCUGGUGACAAUCUCCGUUGAUGGGAUCCUCACCACCACUGGCUACACCCAGGAAGACUACACCAUGCUGGGCUCUGAUGAUUUCUUCUACGUGGGUGGGAGCCCCAGCACUGCGGACCUGCCUGGAUCCCCAGUUAGCAACAAUUUCAUGGGCUGCCUCAGAGAGGUGGUGUACAAGAACAACGACAUUCGCUUGGAGCUCUCCCGCCUUGCUCGCAUUGUGGACCCCAAGAUGAAGCUCCAGGGCGACGUGGUCUUCAAGUGCGAGAAUGUUCCCACCCUUGACCCCAUCAACUUUGAGACACCAGACUCCUACCUGGCCUUGCCGAAGUGGAACACCAAACGCGUGGGCUCCAUCUCUUUUGAUUUCCGCACCUCCGAACCCAACGGGCUGAUAUUGUUCACACACGGUAAACCUCAGGACCGACGGGAUGCGAAGGGCCAGAAGAACAACAAAGUGGACUUCUUUGCAGUGGAGCUGCUGGAUGGAGGGCUGUACCUGCUGCUGGACAUGGGCUCCGGCACCAUCAAGGUCAAGGCCACACAGGCUAAAGUCAACGAUGGCGCCUGGCACCAUGUGGACAUCCAGAGAGACGGUCGCUCAGGCAUCAUUUCGGUAAACAGCCGUCGGACCCCUUUCACAGCCAGCGGGGAAAAUGAGAUCUUGGACUUGGAGGGGGACCUUUACCUGGGGGGUCUGCCCGACAACCGGGUCGGUUUGGUUCUCCCCACCGAGCUCUGGACCGCUAUGCUCAACUACGGCUACGUGGGCUGCGUCCGGGAUCUGUUCAUCGACGGACGCAGCAAGGACAUCCGGCAGAUAGCCCAGUCACAGAACAUGACCGGCAUCAAGUCCUCGUGUAGCAAGGUGACGGGGAAACAGUGCGACAGCAACCCGUGCAAGAACAACGGGGCUUGUAAGGAGGGCUGGAACCGCUUCAUCUGUGACUGUACAGGAACUGGCUUCUGGGAUAGUACCUGCGAAAGAGAGGCAUCAGUCCUGUCUUAUGAUGGCAGCAUGUACAUGAAGGUGGUGAUUCCCAACGUCAUGCACACCGAGGCCGAGGACGUCUCCCUGCGCUUCAUGUCCCAGCGGGCGUUCGGCUUGCUCAUGGCCGCCACGUCCCGUGAGUCGGCAGACACUCUGCGGCUCGAGCUGGACAGCGGACGGGUCAAACUGACGGUCAACCUAGACUGUGUCAGGAUAAACUGUAACACCAGCAAGGGCCCUGAGGUUCUUUAUGCCGGACAAAAGCUCAACGACAAUGAGUGGCACUCAGUACGAGUGGUCCGCCGCGGUAAAAGCUUCAAACUCACGGUGGAUGACGACAUGGCUGAAGGUCAGAUGGCGGGGGAUCACACCCGUCUGGAGUUCAACAACGUGGAGACGGGCAUCUUAACUGAAAGACGCUUUGUGUCAUCUGCUCCAUCGUCCUUUAUUGGACAUCUUCAGAGCCUUAAAUUCAACGGCAUGUACUACAUCGACAUGUGCAAGAACGGGGACAUCGACUUCUGCGAGCUCAACGCCCGCUUCGGCAUGCGCUUCAUCAUCGCCGACCCGGUGACCUUCAAGACGAAGGGCAGCUACCUGGGCUUGGCCACGCUGCAGGCUUACACCCAGAUGCACCUGUUCUUCCAGUUCAAAACCACCUCACCCGAUGGUUUCAUCAUCUUCAACAGCGGAGACGGGAACGACUUCAUCGCCGUGGAGCUGGUCAAAGGGUUCAUCCACUAUGUGUUCGACCUGGGGAACGGGCCCAGUCUGCUGAAAGGGAACAGCGACAAUCCGCUGAAUGACAACCAGUGGCACAACGUCGUCAUCACACGAGACGCCGCCAACACACACACGCUCAAGGUGGACUCAAAGUCGGUCACCCAGAACGUCAACGGGGCCAAGAACCUCGACCUGAAAGGUGACCUGUUCAUCGGAGGUUUGGGACCCAACAUGUACCAGAAUCUCCCCAAGCUGGUGGUUUCUCGGGAGGGCUUUCAGGGCUGCUUGGCAUCAGUCGACCUGAACGGCCGCCUGCCAGACCUCAUCAACGACGCCCUUUUCCGCAGCGGGCAGAUUGAGCGAGGCUGCGAAGGCCCAAGCACGACCUGCCAGGAGGACUCGUGUGCCAACAUGGGUGUUUGCAUUCAGCAGUGGGAGAACUUCACCUGCGACUGCUCCAUGACGUCCUACACUGGGACCCACUGCAAUGACCCUGGCACCACGUACAUCUUUGGCAAAGGAGGGGGCCUGAUUACGUACACGUGGCCCAAUAACGAGAGGCCGAGCACACGGACAGACCGGCUGGCGGUGGGCUUCAGCACCACCAUCAAAGACGGCAUCCUCGUCCGCAUCGACAGCGCCCCACGCCUGGGAGACUACAUCAUGCUCCACAUUGAACAAGGCAAAGUAGGCGUGACAUUCAACAUUGGCACAGUGGACAUCAGUGUCAAGGAGACAACCACGGCAGUAAACGAUGGCAAGUACCAUCUGGUCCGAUUCACCAGGAACGGGGGCAACGCCACCCUGCAGGUGGACAACUGGCCGGUCAAUGAGCACUUCCCCACAGGCCGGCAGCUGACAAUCUUCAACACCCAGGCCACUAUCUCGAUCGGCGGCAACGACCGGAAGCGGCCCUACCAGGGUCAGCUCUCCGGCCUCUAUUACAACGGCCUCAAGGUCCUCAACAUGGCCGCCGAGGGCCACGUCAACAUCAAGGUGAACGGCAGCGUGCGGCUGGUGGGCGACGUUCCCGCCAGCCGGGGCGCGGCACGCACCACCACCUCCGUACCGCCGGAGAUGUCCACCACCUUCAUCGAGACCACCACCACUCUGUCCACCACGACCACCCGCAAGCAGCGCUCGCCACCCACUAUUCAGACAACGGAUGACAUUGUUUCGUCAGCCGAGUGCUCCAGCGACGACGAGGACCUGGAAGAGUGCGACUCCGGACACACAGGAGGGGAGCUAGUCAUCCCCGUGCUAGUCGAGGACCUAGACAUCCCUUCUGUAUCCACCCGUUCUCCCUUCAUCCCCCUCCCCCCAACCCUCCGCCCCGUCCUCACCAUUAUUGAGCCACCAAAAGAAUCCUUGGCCAUGGCCACUGAGGCGGGGGUACCUUGCUUGUCGCCGACUGGCAGCGAUGAUUGUGAUGAUGGUGGUGGUGAUGAUGGUGAUGAUGAUGAUGAUGAUGGCAUGGUGAUUUCGGGGUUUGGCUCUGGCGGCUUCGACUCUAGCCUGCCCCCGACUGACGAUGAAGAUUUUUACACCACCUUCUCCCUGGUAACAGAUAAGAUCUUGACCACAUCGGCCUAUGAAGGCGGCUACAAAGCCCUCGCGCCCAAGUGGGAGGCCAAGGACUUGAGGCCUAGCAAAGCCUCUGAGGCAGGUAGGACUACACCCACCUCGCCUCUGCCCGACCUCCGGGGCACGCCGCCGGCGGCAGUCCCCUCAGACACGCCACCCAAGCUGCCCGGGAAAAUGAACAACCGCGAGGUAAAACCCCCACAGCCGGACAUAGUCCUGCUGCCCCUGCCCACAUCCCUCGAUCUGGACGGCACCAAGCCACGGGGCCCCUUCAUCACUUCGCCCAUGCUGCGCACGGUGCCUGCCGCCUUGCCCACAGUGCCUGGCGUGGUACGGCGGGUGCCCCCGGCCUCAGAGGUGAUCCGGGAAUCCAGCAGUACCACGGGCAUGGUGGUGGGCAUUGUAUCAGCUGCUGCCCUCUGCAUCCUCAUUCUCCUCUACGCCAUGUACAAGUACAGGAACAGGGACGAGGGUUCCUACCAGGUGGACGAAACACGCAACUACAUCAGCAACUCAGCGCAAACCAAUGGCGCUGUGGUGAAGGAUAAAACGCCCAGCGGCAGCGCCAAAGGCAGCGCCAGUAGCAAGAGACCGAAAGACAAGGACAAGGAAUAUUAUGUAUAGAAAUCAAGUCAUUUCCCUACACAUAAAAAAUGAACUGUUUGGAACAAAGUAUAAACAUUUUGACAGUACCAUAUUGGCAACUGUGAUUUAAAAAGAAUAAAAUCUCUUGAGAACUCAAGACUUAUUGAGUCGCUGAAACAUUUACAAAAGAACUUUGGCUUAUGGAAGCACACUUACUAUUGUAAGCAUUACAGAGAGACAAUGCAGUAACUUCAUCGGGACUCAGUGUGGACAUUUUUAAGGAGUCCCUGCUGGAGACAGUGUGAAUAACAUCACUCUAACACCCACACGACCCCAAGUGACUGUCGAGGUGUGUGAUCCUUGGAGUUCUAAUGACCUUGUCCAUUGUAACCCUGUAAAAUAUGAUCACUGUCAUUUCGGCCAUUCUGAGCAUGCAUGUGAGGUGUAUGUGACGUGGUGCUGGCAUCUGUGUAAGUGAGGGACCUCAAGAAACAAUGAUUGUCGGGAAAGUUGGAAGUCAAAACCUGAUUUCGCGGUUUCAUUAAAUGUAGCUUUCAUGGAUGCGAUAUGAGGUAAAGUAUACGUGUACUUAAAGCUGUCUUUUUUAUUUCUAUCUUUUCUUUAGUUUUUUUUUUAAUUUGUUUAUUCAUUUAGUAAUUUAUUUAUUUAUUGAAUUUAGGUCUGUUUUUUGGAAGGAUGAGAGCCAGUCAGGGUUGGCUAGGCAGUGCUCAGCAGGAUGCGAUACAGUAAUGUAUCUCAAUAUUCUUCUCCCUCCCUCCUGUCUCGGUUAAGGAUUGGACUGCUAUGCAUGGCAUCCAAAUUCUAGAUUGUGUUCAAGCGUGCAAGAGUGGAUCCACCAGGCAAAAUGUGCAAUGCAUUGUUAUUUCUCUGAAUUUUAAAUCUCUGAUAGCGUUUUUUUCUUUCCCUUCAUUUCAUGUUUCUGUUUUAUUUUAUGUUCAGUUUUCUUUACAUUACCUGAAAUUCCGUGGCAAAAAUGCAUUAUCAUAAUUUGUGUCUGGCAAAGAUGUAAUUGUCACAACCUUUAAAAAAAAACUGAGAAAAAAAAUCCAGGCUAAAGACUAACUCCAGUGUGAACAAGUGUGAUUCUAUCUGUUGUCACAGAUGACUGUGUCAAAAACAGCAAAUAUGUUUACAUAUUUUAUUACAUCUAGCCGUUGUGCUUUGCAGGUCAAUAUUGUACAGAAAAUUCAACUUUCUGUUGAGGUUUUUUAUUUACAAUCCUCUCUCUUGUAUAGACAGAAAAUUUGAUUUAAUUUUUCUGCUGUAGCAACAUGACAAAAAAAAUCAUUUUGAUUCUUUUGCCAGGAUCGCCUGGAGAUAAGAAAUGAUGUGCACAGGAACAUUUGUUUAGGCAGGGAGCAAAUGUUGUUAGAUUAGAAGUCUAGUCUCUCUGGAUGGUGUUUCUCUUCAGUCGCAUGAAUAUUUGACCAUCGGAAUCUGUCAAAUAGAAAACACCUCCCUCAGAUCUUGUAUUAGGGACCCCUCCUUCUUCUGAAAUUACUUUCAUCAUGUUAUUUAUUUUUUUAUUGGAAAUUUAAAAAACAGAACAAUACAGAAUAAAGACAGAUUAUGAUGGAUUUGGAGAUCUAUUGCUAGCACCUUACUGACUUACAGGUGUUUUUCUGUUUUUCUUUUUUUUUCUAACUGUGACGUCAACGUCUGUCUGCUCAACUCGUCAUUUUGCGUUUGAUUUUUUUUUUUUUUAUAUUAAUGUAUAGCUAAUUUCAUGUCUCAUUUAUAUGACAUUAUCUUCCGGCAAUAUGUUGUUUUUUAUGUCAUUAUUUAUUGCUGAAAUUAUUUGUUCUCAUUUAUUUUCAUGCAAAUCAGUCAGUUGGUGUGUAUGUUCACUUUGAUUUUUUGUGUUGGUACUUGGCUUUUUUGACCAGUUAAUUAUUGUCUUAUGCUCCUUUGACUCCAAACAGUUCCCAGAAAUAAAAAAAAAUGUUGUUCCCAAA